AUGGCCUCCCCCUCAACAACACAACGCCUCCUCCGCGAAUUCAAAGACUACACCAAAUCCCCCAACGAAGCACUCCUGCACCUCGGCCCAAUCGACGAAGAUGACCUGCUGCACUGGGAGGCUGUGUUGAAGGGUGUCAAGGGGACGCCGUACGAGGGCGGCCUCUGGUCCCUAAACAUAACCAUCCCCCCGAACUACCCCCUCACGCCUCCCACAAUCCGUUUCCGCACGCGCAUCUCGCACCCCAAUAUCUCGUUUACGACGGGGGAGAUCUGUCUCACACUAUUGACCACGGAACACUGGAGUCCGGUGUAUACGCUGUCGACGACGUUGACAGCGAUUCAGCAGUUGUUGACGGAUCCGAGGCCCGAGAGUCCGUUGAAUGUGGAUGUGGCGGCGUUGUUGAGGGAUGGGGAUUACGUGGGGUGGGAGAGUGUGGUUAGGUUUUGGACGGAGGAGGAGAGAUGGGUUGGGGAGAGUUAG